AUGCCAUGGUUCCAUGUCAUCCAGCAGACUGAACGUGUCGGCAUCGUCAUUGGGCUCGACAACGGUGACAGCGGCUGCUUCAUGAUCGAUGACAAUGGAGGUGGAGAAAUUGAAGCUUUGCGAGGGUUUGACUUUGCCACCAAGAAAGGCGGAAAUGAAACAGAUGCCAAGCUGGCGGAUCCCAUAGCAGGAGCUGUGACCAUGGCAGAUGUGAUGGAACUGCAGCAGCUGCUCAAUGUCUCGAUGGCCUCUCGGUGA